AUGGUUAUUCCUGAAAUGUUUAUCGAAACUGAUGUCGAACUUACCUUUAGAGUUUUCACUUUGCGAAAUUCAACCGAACGUUGUCUUUUUCACGACGUCUCCCUUUUCCGAGAGACAGCCCAGGCAGGUACUAGAACGCUCGAAAAGUGCUGGUUAUUAUCGGCAACGCACAGCUUUCUUAAGGUCCAAACCUCUGUCAAGGAAGGAGGUGAGGCUUUGCAAGUUCGGGUGGACCCGUGCGAGCAGCUGCCUUGUUCGUUCAAGAAGGGGCGCUCAGUCAAGAUCGAAAUGGACUUCGCCUCAUCCAAGAACCAGUCUCAGGUGAGCGUGGGCAUCAUGGGCAAGGCCGGCGGCAUGCUCUUGCCGCUCCCGUUCAACCAGAAGGACGGCUGCAAGGGCUCCGGGCUGGACUGCCCCCUGGUGGCCGGACGAAACUACACCGUGUCCAGGGCAGUCCGCGUUUACCGGAUCUACCCCAAGAUGGAGAUUCUAGCGGUGUUCGAGAUCAGAGGGAACGACGGAGAGGUCCUGGCUUGUGUGCAGUUCCCCGUGCACAUACAGUGA